CUCCAGGGGUAUAAAAUGGGGGGAGAAUCUGGUGUUCUGCCUCAACCAACUUUUCCUUCAGCAUUUCUGCUACUCUUCUACAGAGCUUCUUCACCACCACCUCCACAGUCCACCAUCAACAUGGCCCUCUGGCUCCAAGCUGCAUCUCUGCUGGUGCUGCUGGCCCUCUACCCUGGGGCAGACGCUGCAGCUGCCCAACACCUGUGUGGCUCUCAUCUGGUGGACGCCCUCUAUCUGGUGUGUGGAGAGAAAGGAUUCUUUUACAACCCAAAGAGAGAUGUGGAUCCCCUAACAGGGUUUCUCUUUCCAAAAUCGUCCCAGGAGAACGAAGUUGCCGAGUCCCCGUUCAAAGACCAGAUGGACAUGAUAGUAAAGAGAGGUAUUGUAGAGCAGUGCUGUCACAAGCCUUGCAACAUCUUCGACCUGCAGAACUACUGCAACUGAGGCCUGUCUCACCGCUAAGCCUGCUCUUCUCUCUGCCACUCUCCAAUGCGCAGAGGCAUCAUCCCCGUCUCAAAGAAAAGCUUCAAGUGCAGACAAGAAAUGGCAUAGACAUGUUUUAUUUUUCCUAGAAAAUAAAGUUCUAUGAAAUGA